UUUUCCAAAAUUCAAUUUUGCGAAGAGUUUAGGAUUCAAAGAUCUCUAUUUAUGUCCUAACUUAUUUCUCAAGAUAUUUAUAAAUAUUUAACUUCAAAAUUUUAGUGAAUAAUUCAGAUUAAGUAAAAUUAAUAAAAAUAAGAAGUAAAGAGUUAAAGAUGGCGCAAAAUCAUUUGUUUAUGCUGGAGUUCGCUGUACAGGAGUUAGUCAUUACACAAGCGAACGAAUGUGCACCACCUGAGUAUCCAUUGAAUGCUGAGUUCACAUUUCGUUCAGGAGUAUAUGUUUCGAUUCCUGAAGACGAUUUUGGUAGUGUUAAGGACGAAAGUUUAGAAGACGAAUUGAUGUGUCCUCCAAAGAGGCUUUCGCAAAAUAACAACCCAAACAAAAGCGGACAAUGUUGCCUUUUUGCUUUGGAAAAUCCAGUAAAAGAAGAUGAGCUGCUUAUGAUUCAUGUCUACAAGAAAAGAACUGAAAGAUGCAAAUUUUUGAUUGGUGCAACAGAAUUAAAAGUUAAAGAAAUGUUCGACAACGUCAUGUUGAAAUAUAACGAUGCAAAUAAUAACCAAAUUAGCAAUGGUGGUAGCAAAAGGAAUAGUACGAAGUCCAACGGAUCUUUGAAACGGUUAUCCGCUGGUCAGAAUGGGGAGGAAGAGGAAGAAGCUGCGCCCGAAGCAGAUAUUGUUUCAGGAACGAAAAGCGCCACUGGAACUAAAACUCCUCCGGUACCGGGAACUGCUCCCCGACCAGAAAAUUCUCCCAGUUCUGAAGUUUCUCCCAGGCCGACUAAUGGUCAUAUUCAGGACCAUGCUCGAUCAUUAGCAGAACAAAGGAACGGUGAUAACCACAAACAUGUAAUGCCGCCAAAAAGAGAUGUUCCAGUUUCAGAAGUAAGGAAAAUGGGUAUGCCUCUGUAUAAUUUGGAGGGCAAGGGAACAGGUAGCAUGGUUGUUCUGAUUCGAUUGUCUUGUAUGGGACGAACUGUUUGCACCUCAAUCCCGUACCCCGAACAACCUCAAAAGAUGGCAGCAAAGAGACCAGUUUGCGAAGAAGAUUGCCGUCCAGGGGGGGCUAACGUGUGCGCCGACACUUGUUUGGCUAGACGGGCUCCUUGUGGUGCUGGCAUUGAAGAGGUCGUCUGCGGAGAAGGUUCAAGCCGCAGUAGUAGUAGCAGUAGCAGUAGCAACAGCACGAAAAGAUCUGUAAACGUUUCGUCGUCUUAUGUAAGUUCUGCUGGCGAAUCUAUCCCAUCACAGCCUGUCAUCAAACCAAACGUUGAUAGAGCUGCUUACGAUGAAUUCGAAGCUGAUUUAAAUGGAUGCGGGUUAGUUAUUCGAGUUUUAAAAAAUGCUCACAAAGUUUCGGCCGUUGGUCGACCCAGCCAUCCGGCUGCAGGCACGUUUACAAAACCAGAGAAUACCUCUAAUCAGAAAUCUGCUAUUGCAAGACUACUUUCGCUUGUCUGCAACGUACUUCAAAGUGUGACUGCAGAACAGCAAACAUGUGGUGCGGAUGGUAAUAGUCCCUCACUGCAAUGUGCAAGUAAUAAGCCACCAAGUUUCCAAGAACUUUGUCGAUGUAUCACGCAGUUAAUUGGCGGUGAUGGAGCACAGAACCCAGAUGUGAAACCCAUUAGUGUGUACAGGAAGAAUGAGGAUUGCGGAACAAGGAAAAGCAAAUGCCAACCAUGCCCUAACAAAAUGAGCAACCCCUUUGCAGAAGCGAAGUCAUCGCGGCGACGCAAGGAUGAUCCAUGCAAGCAACGUUUCAGGGGUGGAUCUGAAUACGACCCACAGCGCAAUAUUAUGCUCUUUCUCGAAUCAAUACGUCAAGUCGUCUCGAAUAAAAAAGGUCUUUCAGAUCUAGCGGAUUUGCUAAUACAAUGCACAUGCGAAAACGGAAUUGAUGGCGGUGGUGAUAACAAGUCUGGCCUAACGAAUAUAUUUAAAAUAAUUCUCGAAAAAAUUAAAGACUUCGCUGACGACCGUCCAGCAUUGGAAAAGCAGACUGAUCUGUGUGGUUUGACAAAAACACUGAUAGCCUUACAAAACAAUGACGGAAGCUGUUGCCGUAAUCGGCAACGAGGUGGACAGAAUAGCAGUUGUGGUUCUGACACGGAGCAACGCGAGAAAUACACCCCAACAUCAGACAACAUAAGUUGCCUGGUAAAGAAAAUACUUGAAUUAGGCGUUAAAUACUGCUCGAAUCGAAAUAUCGAUUUACGCGGAGCACUGUGUAGAAUUCUCAGCAACGAAGAUAAUAACCAAGAGUUGACCAACAUCUGCCGUACGGUAGCUCAGUACUUAGAGACAGAUAGAAAUGUCGUCUGUGAUCACAUGAGGAAGGAAACUGUUGGCCGCGUUCGCAAUGCACCAGUGUUGCCAGAAGUCCGAGGAAAUAUAAAAUAUCCUACUGCUAUGGAUUACAAGACUGCUGAUUUCACGUUGCCACCACCAGAAGGAUGCGAAGAGGGUGACGUUGAACAGUACCGACGAAAAAAGCGAACGCGCGAAUGUUGCGUUCAAAUUGACGGACCUGACAUUGAUAACACUAUCCAGGGAGUAAACCAAAAGUUGCCAAAUGGAAUUGAAAUUUGCCGGAAAGGAACAAUGGACCUAGACUCGGACGUUUUUAUAUUAAAAAUGGGAAAGAAAGAGCCAUCGUCUGAUAAGAAAUCAUUAAUUGAAAUUGAACUCAGAACACCGAAGGGUCCGACAGGCGGUCGCACUCAGACCGCUAGCAUUUGGACGCAAGUUGACGAGAAUAUGCUAGUAGAAAGAGUUUCAGGUGGUGGUAAUGGAGGCAAAGGCAAGGGCAAAGGUAAAGGAAAGGGGAAAGGCAAGGGCAAGGGAAAAGGUAAAAAAGGAAAAAAAUAGAAUGAACUAGUUUCGAGGUCAUAUACUAUCCUUUUUUGGAGAAUAACUACUAAAGUCAAACUGCUCGAAACGUGUGCGGGUGCACUAAAAUUUUCCAUUUUUUUAGAAAUGCUGGCUCCUUUUGUAUUUUACAUAGUUGUAUCUGAUCUGGAAUAAAUGAAACUAAAAUUUCUGUUAUACGAAA